AUGAGCACAGCACGGGGCGAACAGGUCGUCAUCGAUACCAGCUACACCACCAUUCACACGCUGGAAAGGCAAAGUGGAAAGGAGGGCAGGCGGCUCCGCUACAUGCAGAAAGAUGGCAGGUUCUCUGUAGUUUUCCAGAAGGCCCCCGGAGACUGGAGCCUAUACCUGAUGGACUUCUUCACCACUCUUCUGGAAAUCCGUUGGAGUGUGAUGCUCCUCGUAUUCUCCCUUUCCUACAUCCUCUCCUGGCUCCUUUUUGGCCUCUGUUAUUGGCUCAUCGCGUUUGUGCACGGAGACAUCGACGACACAGACAACGAACCCUGCGUGUACAAUGUGCGCGGCUUCACAGGAGCCUUCCUGUUUUCAAUGGAGACCCAGGCGACUAUAGGCUAUGGCUUCAGGGGGACGAGUGUGAACUGUAUCAUGGCCAUUAUCAUGGUGACGGUUCAAAGUGUAUUCAGCUGCUUCCUUGACACCAUUGUCAUUGGCGCCGUUGUGGCGAAGAUGGCGUCUGCUCGUAAGAGAGCUCAGACAGUGGGUUUCAGCAGCUGUGCAAUAGUCAACCUGCGAGACGGGGUGCUGUGUCUGUCAUGGCGCCUUGGAGACUUCAGAGGAAAUCACAUCCUGGAUGGGGUAGUCAGGGCCCAGUUAGUCCGCUAUGUAAAACAGCAACAGGGGUCUAUUGUGAUGUCCUAUCAGGACCUGGACAUUCAGAACAGGGACAUUGUCCUCGCCACACCAGCCACCAUCAUUCACAAGCUGAAGCCCGGCAGUCCCCUCUACAGCCUGGGCCCUGACGACCUGAUGGGGGACAACUUUGAGCUGGUGGUGUCUUUCACGUACACAGGAGACUCCACGGGUAUGCUCCACCAGACACGCACCUCCUACACACCGGCAGACAUCCUCUGGGGCCAGCGUUUCAAGGACAUGUUGAAACUGGGCAGCAGGCACUACAAGGUGGACUACUCUCUGUUCAAUGUGACCACAUGGGUGUCGGUGCCCCAGCUCAGUGCAGAGGAACAAGACAGAGAGAAGCUUCCUGCGGAGGGCCACGGUCAGCUCCUACCGCCAGGCAAGAGAAACGGACACACGUACCAGGUGAAUCGUGACAUCACGGUGGAGGGGAUGCAACAAACCCUCUUGUAG